AUGCGUCAAUGGCAGACCCUGAUUAGUGUCCCUCCACCAAUUGGCUACGCCCACCCCACGGAACCCCAAUGUUCAUAUGACCCGGUAGAGGGGUUGCCAAUCGCAUCCGACAUUGAGCCUCUCGAGAAGAUCAGAGCAUUAGAGGAACAGAUAGUGCACUUGAGAGGCCAGCUGAGCCAUCCACAUCGGUUCUCGUCUGGGUCUGCUUCACCUUCAAGUAAUCUCACAGGUUCAGCAGAACGAACCCCAGCCAACACACCGCCCGGAACGGGAGUCCCGUCUUCAUCUUCCCUCGAAGGCCGCGUGGACACGUCUUCUAUCAGUCCGCCUUCUCAAGGACGGGGUUCGAGUGGUAGCCCGGACGUGCCCCAACCGAGAAAUACGACAGAAUCACUCAUGGAUAUGUUUUUUUCCGGCUGGGAUCCAGAUCUACCACCUCCGGAUGUUCUCAAUCACUAUGUGGACGUGUUCUUCCGCUGUGAUCCUUGCGGAUCGCGCAUAUUGCACCGUCCGUCCUUCAUCACUUCCCUCCACCUACCUCCUUCCGAUCCCCAUUUCCCGCACUCCGCCAUACUACACGCAAUCUGUGCUUCCGCUUCGCGCUGGGCGUCAACAGACAUCAUGAUGCUCCCCGAUGGCAGUCGUCAGGACAAGUUUGCAGAGAUGCACGUAGGCAAGGCAAGGGAGUUCAUUGACAAAACUAUGGCGACCGGACAGGACAUCUUCCCAGUUCUACAAGCUUGCAUCUUGCUGUCAUGGUAUUUUUAUCAGGAGGGGCGAUGGGUCGAGAUUUGGAUAUUUUCCGGCUUCCAGACCCGAGUUGCCGUGCCGCUUCGUCUCAACUAUCCUGGCACAUUCUCGCCUCAAAGCUCGAAUGCACCCGGAGCAUAUCUUCCACCACCCAGAGACUUCAGGGACCUGGAAUCACGACGUAGAACGUGGUGGAUGGCCGUUUUAUUUGACCGUAUCGUCUCCGUGGGAGGCUGGCUACAUGGCGUCGACCAGCAAGACAUUGGGACCGAGUUCCCCGUCCGGGCCCUAGAUUUUGAAGCAGAUUCGAACAUUCCUAGCAAUCCGCAGGAUUUAUCGACGAACGGCGUCUUUACUCUGCAUGCACCAGAAUACACCGAUUCGUUCAUUUUGUUUUUGAAGUCAGUCAUGAUGUUUGGCACCGUCACAGACUUCAUAACCAGGUCCAACCUGCGCGCAACAGUACCUCCCUCCAAAACCCAGAAUCCGUUCCAUCUACAGGGCUUCCCCGGGCUGGACAAGCUGGUCUGCGUUGACUUCUUAGAAAGCUUCCCCCAGAUGUACAAGCAUCUGGGUUUGGGUGGUAGUGUUGGUGUACUAGACACCGAUCUUUACAUGGCACAUGUUGUUCCUCAUGCAGCUACCAUCACACUUCACAACACAUACAUCAACUUCCACGAUACACAAAGUGCAUCCACUGCGCGCUGUAUGAGUGCGACAAGAUCGAUCUUACAGGCUUGCUAUAAGCUUGCGGAAACGUCUCUCGAUAUAACACGACUGCAUCCGUUCAUCGUUAUCUGUUGGUAUUUGGCUGCCGCAGUUCAGGUCCAGCUAUGUAAGUAUUUUAUAGAAAUUGGGGACACUGCUAGAGAAGCAGCAGUGUGGGGAGAGAUAAACACGCUCCGUUUCGCAAUGUUGACAUACGGCACUCGCUCUCCCAUUGGCGUCCGUCAAGAGAAACUGCUGCAGGGUCUUAUGACAGAGAUCGUCUGCAUGACUUCACAGCGACAGCCACUCGACGUCGGAGUGCCCUUAUACCCUUUCUCCCAUGCAGGGCUGUUCUCCAAGGAAUCCACCUCUCGAGAGCCUAUCUGUGCGCCUCUCCCGGGUGCGCAUUCUUUCGAAGAGCCCAUGGUCGGGGCGUCACAGUCUGGUGUUCCCUGGCCACAGCGACAGCCGGCGCCAACUGGAUACCCUUCGCAGACGCAUCCGCGAACCGCGUCUGUUUCUAUGUCUGCGUAUGAUGGGAGGUUUUGA